GGCUAGUCGUCGAUUCCGUACCGUUCCUUCACAUCCAUCGAUUCUGGGCUCCCCCAAAAGCAGGCGGAGGAUCAGGUCAGACGGGCCCAAAGGAGGUAGUGGGAAGUGGGAUCACUGGAAGGUUGGUGGGUAAGAUUCGUGGCUAUCGAUAUCGAUCGAGGCAGGCGGGAUGACCACGGCCUCGGUAAUCAUGGACGAGAGUGUGUAUAUGGAUUCGCCGGAUUUGCCGCUCAACGACGACUCGGUCUUGCCUCCGCCCCUCUCGCCCGUUUCACCCGUUUCACCCACACCUUCGGGCCACUCCCAGACCAGUCAGGCCCCGCCGAGUCUGCGACCCUUGGUGGUCACGCCCACGCCCACUGGGGCCGGGCUGUUUCACUCGGAAUCCAUGGGCGGGGUUUCGGACGGCGGUUGGGGCGGGGCCCGACCCGGGUCCGGUUUCAACUUGCGCCAUUAUGAGGACGAGAUCCAGCAACUGCGCAAAGACAACUUAUCGCUGAAAUUGCGGAUUUAUCUGCUGGAAGAACGUUACGGAUUACUGGGCCAACCCCACAAAGAGGAUCGCGACAAUGUGUACAAGAUCAACAUCGACUUGCGAGUGGAAAAUGAGACCAUGAAGACCGAAGUGCAUGAGAAAACCAAGCUCCUCAAAGAAGCCUAUGACGCCAUGGAGAAUCUCGAAAUGGAGCGAUUACGUGAUCGCAGUCACUUUGAAACUCAACUCCACAGUCUGAAGCAAUCCCUUUUCGAGUCCCAAUUCUCCCAAUUGGAUGAGGGCACUCAAAGCUUGAAAUCCGGUGGGCGCGGAACGCAUAAUCUAUCGAGUGUCACCGAAGAUCCUACCUUUGAGGAUUCUUCACCCUUAGAGGCGGACCCGACGACCGUGGGCGAGCAAAGUCAAUUGCUUCUUCGCGAGGCUUUUGGCGACGAUUGGGGCCGAAAUUUGGCUCAAGAGAUGGAACACAAGCUGCAAUCCGUGGAACGGGAUCUGGAAGCCAAAUCCAAUGCGAUGCAAUCACUGCAAAAUGACAUGGAAACUAUCAAGGCCGAGAAAAAGGAGGAGAUAGAUCGAUUAAAAGCUACUGUCGAGCAAUUGGAGAUCCAGGUUCGGAGUAAAAAUGAGGAAGUGGUCACGAUGGAGGGACGUUUAAACCAAUUGAAUUCGGAUCUCCGGGAUUCCCGUGCUGAAACUGAGCGUAUGGCCAAUGUAGAGCGAGAAAGAAGACAGGAGAAUGAACACGUCAAGGAAUUGGAAGAAAAGCUAGGGCAGAAAGAAGAGGAAAUCCGGGCUCUGAACGACCAGAUUCGAGUCCACGAAACGGAUAUAUCGAGUUUAAAGGAGACCGUAGAGAAGAGCCAGAUAUGUUUGCAAGGCUUCGCCGAUGCGAAUGUGAUCAAAUUGAAGGAAAAUGAGAAGAUGGAGAAAGAGCUUCAGAAACGCGACAAGGCUCUGGCCAUCCUCAAGGAACAAUACGAGCUCCUGAAGACGAAAGUGCGCAAAUACCGCGCCAAUUCGUCCAACCAAUCUGGAUUUUCGCAAGAUUCGCAUCGCGAGGAGAAAUCACCGGGAGCUCUGACCGAGUUGCAAGAGGCUCUCAAGGAGGCUCAUGAGCGCGAGCGACUCCUUCAGGAUGAGAUCGAGCAACUUCAGACUCUUUCGCCAAGUUCUCAAAUCCCCGAGAAUGUUUGGCUAACGCGGGAAGUAGAGUGUCUCAAAACGGAGCUGCGAGAAUUCAAAGCACAGGCCUUGAAAAAGGCCGUUAAAAAAGCCGAUUUGGCCUACCGAAAAUCUGCUGAAACCUACACUCAUCACGUUCAGGGGGUCAUUGAAACCAUGCGACAACGCUUGGUGGAACUGGUCGACUUUCUUCAACGACUCAUAGCCAUGGAUGGUAAAGAUGGCAUCUGGAAUCUGUCAGUCUUGUCCGGCUCAAUGCGGGAAACCUUGCAGAACUCUAUCGAAGAAGGUCGACGUCUUUCGCAAUCCCUCUCAAAGUCAUUAUUCAUGGACGAAGAUUUGGAUGAGACGCAACGAAGUUCCAUGGCCGUGGAGAUUCCUCAAUUUAUUGCGCCUCAUUUAUCGGAACUGGAAGCUGAUCUUGAAGCUGACCAAGAUCAGGAAGUCAAGAUCGAUUCCAAGGCCUAUGACUAUCACUCCUUGAUCAUGGAACUCAAAGAAAACGUCCAAGGCCGUAUCCAGGCCCAACAGGAGCUAGAACACGUGAAGGCCAAUCUCAAGAACCAUAAACAAGAUCAGUCGGACGACGAGGAUGGCUGGAGUCAGCCCGAUAUGAAAGAAUCUCAAAAGCGCAUGGGCCUUGAAAGAAAGACUUCCGUGUUCCAGUCCAGCCCCCCUCGUCAAGAUUCUGAGAGCUCAGACGAGCUGUCCUUGAACAAGUACCGAAAAUCCAAGGCCAAAGUAAUCGGACUCAAGGCCAGAUUGUCUUCUCAAGAGGAGCGAUUCAAAACGGAGUUCACCGAGAUCCACAAUCAACUCACCAAGGCCAAUAAGAUCAUCACAAGUUUGAAGGACGAAAAGAGAACCCUCACAUCACAGUUGACCGACAUCAAGAACGAGCUGGACGAGAACAUAGCCACUGUUAUGGAAGAGUUGAGUCAAGUGAGUCAGACCAAUCAGCGAUUGACUCGCAAAGUCCGAGAUUUGAAUGGCAAUCUGGAAGAAAUGCGGAAAACCGACCAAAUGCUCCGCAGUCAAAUUCAAGACUUUGAGAGUGAAAAAAGAAACACUCAGAACCUCCAGGCCCGUGUUCAAGAGCUUGAAAGUCGAGAAAACGAGCUUAAACAGGACAGUCAAGGCCUGCGAGAGGAGAUCCAGAACAUAGAAGGCCAGAAGGCCAAAUUAAGCGAGAAACUUCAUGAAUCCGAUCGGAAACUUGAGCUCAUCGUUCGGAAAUACGAAAGCGAUCUCCACACUUUAGAACAGCAAUCUGAUACCAGAAUCCACGAGUUACAAACGGAAAUCACCCAUCUAACCAAGAGCAAACAUGAUCAAGAACAACAAAUGCAAGAGCUCAUCUGCAUCAAAGGCCGAUUGAUGCGGGAGAUCACAACUAAGACCGAGACUUGCAGCCAUGGCCAAAAGAAAGUGGUACUCUCCAAUGAAGUCCUGGAAGAGUCAGAGGUGGCUUUGGGCGAUAAGCGACGAACCCAUUUGUCGGAUGUGAGCAAUCAACCCAGAAGGUUCUCCAGUAGUCAAUGCGAUUGCUAUGUAAGGAUCCAAGAACUGGAGCGACUCUUGGGUCGAACCAGAGAGCUCUUAGACGAGGCCAACGCCGAAAUUGUGCGUGAGAAGGAGCGGAAGCUCAAGAUCGAACGGAGUGUCCGGAAACAGGUGGUGAAGACCAAGAAGGUCCUUCAAAAGACCAAGGACACACCCACACCCAUCGUCGAAUAGGUCCUUCCUGUCUCACUUACUUAAUCACUUACAUGCUGUAUUAGACAAAAUUGACUUUACUAAUACACCUUACCUACCUUAUCCUUCGAGUGCUAUCCGAACCUGAACUUACGUACGUACAAUGAUUUGUGCAGGAA